AUUCUUUACUUCUGGGAGUACGAAUUUUUUAUAUCAGUUUUGCUUUCCUCUCUGUUUACUUAUUCUUUGAGUUUAUUUUAUUUUUAUUUUUUAUUUUCAAGCAGAACCAAGGAAUUGAUUAUUUUUAAAUUAUUUAAGCUUUAAGAAAGUUUUUACUUGAAAUAUUAUUUUACAUAUGAUGCUAAUUAUUUUGUGAACUCUUUCAGGCAGCUCCGAUUAUGGCAGAAUCAAGGUGUCUGACCCUCAGUUCCACUUUUGUCAUCGAACAGGGGAGUCAGACCAGCGCCUUCUUGCCAGCUGACGACAGCCUUCAAGCGGCAGGCAGUGAUCAGAGUCUCACUAACAGAGACCUGAAGGUGCUUAGCGUGGGCAUAGCCGUGUUGGACAGCGUAUACGUCGUGAACAGCUAUCCGGUGGAAGAAGACGUCAAGGAACUGGCGCCCUACCACCGCUGGCACCGCGGAGGGAACGCUUCCAACACCGCCACGGCGUUGGCAAUCCUGGGCGCGCGGACCGAGUUCCUCGGCACUCUCAGCUCGUCCAAGAUCGCAAGCUUCGUGGUGGACGACUUCGCUCGGCGCGGCAUCUCCACGGAGCACUGCGUCAUGUACGACCAGCUGUCCGGCCCGCUGGCCGUCGUGCUGACCAACAGGCAGAACGGCUCGCGCACCAUCAUCCACACGGACAGCGACCUGCCCGAGCUGUCCCUCGAGGACUUCCGCCGGCUGGACCUGUCGCAGUACUCCUGGAUACACUUCGAGGGCCGCAACGUGCAGACGGUUGCCCGCAUGAUAGAGGACGUGGACUGCUGGAACGACCGGCAGACCACGGGAGUCAAGCCCAUGCCGGUCAGGGUGUCGGUGGAGCUGGAGAGACCACGUGCCUGGCAGGAAGAGAUCAUGGCGGUAGCGCCCCUGGCCGAUGUGGUGUUCGUGUCCAAGGACUUCGCGCACUUCAUGAAGUGGGAGGGCGUCGACCAGACGCUGGCAGCAGUGGCCGAGCACGUCAAGCCCAGCGCAACUAUAAUAGUAACUUGGGGUGAACAGGGCGCAGUUGCCAGAUCACCAGAUGGCGUUGUUGUCAAGUCUCCGAGCUUCCCUCCAGAGGAAGUGCUGGAGACCCUGGCUGCAGGGGACACGUUCGUCGGCGCCGUUGUGUACAGCCUGAACUGCGGGAACACCCUGCUGGACGCCAUUACUCUGGGUUGCCAGAUAGCGGGCGCUAAGGUGGGGAUGUACGGCGUGGACGGUCUCCAAGAAGUUCAUCGAAAAAUCAUGGGCAAAUAAAUACCACAGGAAAGUUUUAACCAGGUUCAUAGGUCUGUGGUACAAAUGUUUACUUAAAUGUUUAUAAUAUUUUUUUUUUUACAAAUUUUUCAGAUAGUUUGUCACUUUUAAAUGUAUUAAGUUCAGAUUUUUAUUGUUAAAAUAAAAUUUUUAGCUUUU